GCGGAAACUGCAAUGAUUCGGUGGCUGGCAAAUGCAAGGGCUAUUUAAAAUUCACUAGCACGAAGAUUGACUAACGUUUUGCUCCAUUUGAUAUCGUCUCCGUGAAUUCGAUUGGUUGUGUGGUGAACCGCGUCCACUGGGCGUGUGUGUUGUUUUGCGGGCCUUUGUUUUGCCGCUACACACAUACACACACACACAUACACAAAUACAAGCGGCUGCUACUUUGUUUGAUCAGAUGCUUUGGUCAGGUUGAGUAAACGUGGCCGCAGCUUGCUUCGAUUGCCGUCUUGGACAGAGGAAGGAAAAAUUCGGCACACAGAGUUACAAACACAAUCAAGCGAUGUGCGGGCCACUCACUGUCUCAAGGGCGGUACACAACAGUGAAGAAAGCAAAGAUCGCAAACAGAACGACAAACGUCGAACGAAAAUAAAGCCAUCGUCAAAAGUCAAUGUCAAUGACGCGCACAAUUUGUGUUGGAAACGCAUGCGAAAAACGGCAAGUGUUGUGGUUUAGCGCACAGCAGAAAAGGGUAUAAUGAACGACAACGGAUGUAAGGGGGGGAAGGGUAGUGGAGUGCGGAAUCGUCGUACGGUCAGCUGUGUGGCGCGCCAGGUGAUUUUGUUCGCACGAGAACUGAAGCCGCGCCUGACAGCUGGUUUUGUUGGUGUGUGAGUCUAACGUCUAGACGACAGUGAAGCCAAAAGCGGAAAGGCUUGCCUUGUCGACUCGUGCGCAGUAUUUUUUUUUGCUUCUUUGCUCUCACAUGCUGCUAGGCCUUUUAAAUGCGUCAGUGUCUUUCUGGUGUGUCGAUGGAGAACGCUUCGGGAAAGAUUGUUUUGUUUUAUAAAGUUCGUGUUUUUAGGUUAAAUGUACGUGCAUGUGAAUAUUGUUAUUUUUAUUUUAUCCUCAAAUCACCCGUCAACGGAAAAAAGUGAACAUUUUUAGUCAAUAAAGCUCUAAGUGUAUUAGUAGCGGCGGUUAUUUAAAGAGUGCCCCGCACAAGCAAGAAUCACAACAGUCAAAAAUCAUUUGAAUGAGACAUAUCAACGAGCGGCAGGAAUCGCUUCGAUUGGGUGAUACGGCGGACGGUUUGCUUGGCAGGAACGUUGCGUAGGAGCACAGCACAGCAAACCCAGCUCAACAGCUUUGGACGGAGCCAGGCACCGAAUGGAAGCAACGUCGGUGGCGGUGGUGUGCAAUUGGUUCCGAACCGUAUCCGGUAACAACAGCUGCCAGGCAACCGUAGCUGGUGCCUCCAUGUCGCCGCCCUCUCGUUGGACGCCUUAAAACCAACUCCACAAUCCACAUCCUCCCCUCCCCCCCAGCCAUCUCCCCCCUUCACACAUCUCCCUGCACACGUGACAAGGCGACGAGACGAUGGGUGAGGAGAGUCUGGAGCGCAGCGAGGGAAAGCUGCUACAGCCGCACGUGGCCGAUUAUAGUCCAGUUCGGCAAGACCAUCAGCAUCCUUCUUCCCAGGCAGCUGCACAGGACGACCCAUCGCAGGAAGAGGAGGAGCAGAAUGGCAACGACGAGAACAACAGCACCAGCGCCCAGCGAAGCGUCGAAUGUCCCAAACCAAACGAUCCCGCGCCGGUUCAGCCGGUAGACACGAUCAAGCUCAAUAAGGUGCUCCCACCGGCAUUGACGUUGGUUCCGCAGACCGACGAUCCGAACGGACCAUCCCGUGCCCACGAACCGGAGGACAAUGCUCAGAAUCAGCUGGAAUCGAAUGGCCGAGCGGCAUUGCUUCCUCGCAAUGGUAGUGCUACCAUUUGUCGCAGCAUUUCCAACAGCACCAUGCAACCAAUCAGCACCAAGACGGGCCAAACGGAACGAUACCGAGCGCCGGACGAGGGUGGCGAUCCGGAGGACGGCACCACCGACGAUGAUUACGAGCUUGUGCCGCCAGACGGUGGCUGGGGAUGGUUGGUACUCGCCGGGUCCAUGCUGGUGAACAUACUCGUGCCUGGCACGAUCAAGAGCUUUGGCGUACUGUUCGUCGAAUUCCUCGAAGCAUUCCAAGCAUCGCCGUCGUCGGCGGCCUGGAUUCCGGCUCUUUGCUAUUUCCUGUACAGCUCGCUGGGGCCACUCUCCAGUAUCCUGUCGGUGAAGUACAGCUACCGUACGGUUACGAUCGUUGGCGGAACGUUUGCCGCCGUCGGUAUGAUCAUCACGUUCUGGGCCACCUCGGUGAACUAUCUGUACAUCAGCUACGGCGUGCUGGUCGGCACCGGGGCGGGUUUGUCCUUCCCCCCCACCGUGUACAUCGUCACGUCGUACUUCGUCAAGCUGCGAGGGCUGGCGAACGGACUGUGCAUCUCGGGCAGUGCUCUCGGAUCGAUCAUCCUGCCUCCGGUGCUGCGUUUCCUGCUCGAGAACUAUGGGUAUCGCGGAGCUUGCCUGAUCAUGGGCGGUAUCACGCUGAACGUAUGGGUGGCGGCCAUUUUCUACGAGCCUGUUGAAAAGCAUCUGAAGCGUGUGCGCAAGGUAAAGCCGGAUGAGGACGACGACGGGCAGAGGGCAGUGGUCGUACAGCAGCGGGACGUGAUCCUCGAGGAGUGCGAAUCAAACGAAACUGAUCCGCUGGCGGAAGAUCGCAGCGUGGCGAACGGACAAACCAACGCAAACCCAAACGCUUCCCAGUCGCUGCUACCGCAGGGGAAGUCCGCGAGCGUGAAGCCAAAGUUUGCCAUCACCGGCGAUGAUACGCCUACGAUCUCGACGCCAACGCUCGAGCACAAAUCGCCGGAUAUUUUCCGCUUCAAUCCAAAGAACGGGCUGAUCGAUAGCUUUGCCCGGAGCGCAUCGGCCGCCGCCGUUCCGGUCUCGUACGGUCGCGAUCGGGACGAUAUGCUUGGCGGUGCUGCUGGGGGCACCAAUCAGCGGCAACGAAAGAUAAGCACCCCGAUCAAGGAGGAACACCGCAAUCUGACCUUCACCAGCCAGCUGAGUUCGAACUCGUUCCUCGGGAACGAGGGUACGCUCGGUUCGUACUUCCGCCUGAACCGCCUGAACUCGACGCGCAGCGGAAUGGGCCAGCAGAGCGGUGCAGGGCAGCAACUACACCACCGACCACCGAAGCGAUCGCCUUCGACGAGCAGCUUCCAGUACAUGAGCACUCCGUUCCACGGAAGCACACUUUCCACCCACCAGCCGAAAGAGUUCGCCUCCCAUCUGUCGUUGCGUUCGUUCGGUGGCAGCGUGUCGCGAGGCAAAUCGUCCGCCCCGGCAGAGGACGCAACGGCGGAGCGUAACAAAUCGGACAGCAAGAUGGACGGCAAGACGUUCUUCGAUCUGUCGCUGCUGUCCGAUCCUUCCUACCUCGUGAUCCUGAUUUCGAACUCGACGAACGCGAUCGGCUACACCAACUUUAUCAUUCUGCUGCCGGCCUACGCGAUUUCACUCGGGUUCGACAAGAGCCUGGCCGCGUACCUGCUGUCGAUCGUUUCGACGCUCGAUCUGGUUGGUCGCAUCGGCGGAUCGGCGCUGUCCGACACGAAUCUCAUCCCAAAGACGUGGUACUUUGUCGGUGGGCUGUCGAUAUCGGGCCUGGCCCUGGCGCUGCUACCGACCGUCCGUGACUACACGAUGGUGAGCGUGUUUUGCGGUUUGUUCGGGCUCGCGUCCGGUACGUACGUGGGUAUCACGGCAGUCAUCAUGGCGGAUAUGCUCGGCACGGAGCGGCUCACCUCGUCGUACGGCAUUAGUUUGUUCGUAAACGGCAUUCUGCAGCUGAUCGGACCACCGAUCUGUGGCGUCAUCUUCGAGAAUAUGGGCCGGUACCAGCCGCUGUUCACCGCGCUCGGGUUCGUGCUGCUCGGCGGAUCGGCCCUGUGGGGCUUUAUGCCGCUCAUCAAUCGCCAAAAGCGACGAAAGGCUGAGGCAGCGGCCAAAGCGGCGGAAGCAGAAGCGACUACUAAGGUAUUAGCUGAACAUGCGUUUGACGAGGACGAUGAUCAGCCGUUGCAGUUGAAGCGCGAUGCGGUGGAUAAGGCGCUAAUCGCGUAAAGGACAGCGGUGGAAUGUAUGCAGCAUUUCCUAUGCCUCACAAUGACGCUAUGUUUCGCUCAAACAGGACACAGAACGGAGAUGCAGAUGGCAGGAAAGCAGAGAUAGAUAGGUUUACUACAGAUAGAUGACAAAGGGGGUCGUAGUGCUGGAAGCAGCACAGAACCAACUAACUCCAGAACAUGAGAAAAAGUGACCAUAUACUAUAGUUAGGUAUACGUUGGAAAGGAACAAUGACACACGGUGGGGCAUGAAGAAACACACACACACACACACUAGCGUAAGCGAACAGUGGCCAUCACGCUCAACAAAGGGGAGUUUAACCAAUCGUCGAACGCUCGAGGCGCACCCGGGGCGCAAAGAGCAUAGGACAAGGAUCGAUGUAAGAUCCAUUAGUAUUAAUUAGAAAAGCGUUUCCUGAGUGUGACGCCCUCAUACACAUGCCCUUGUACGUGCGUUGAGCGCAAGCAAGCAGGGAACAUGUGGCGCCCUUUCACGUUUCACGACGCGUGCCUCAAUAUGAUCCAAAUCAAUCAUUAUACUCUGUGUGCGGAAGCAUAAACUGUGCGACUUACUAUCGCCGGCAUAGGGAAAGCAAAACCGCGACAAAGGCGUGAUGUUUUAGCUUCUAUUAGAGUGUCCAGUUUGAAAUUGUAACGUGUUUUUGGGCUCUUGAAGAGAACGAAGGGUGCGAUGUAGGACGUGAGUAGUAACGAGGUGCUUUAUCGGUAUGGCCGUAGGAACGAAAGUAUUUUAGCAAGAGUGUUCUGAACUCUGAACCAAGUUUGACCACAAGAGCCGUGGUUAGUAGUGUUAGAUUGUUUCCGGUUUUGUUUUCCGUUUGUUUCUGUAUGGUUUUAAAUCUGGAUGUGGUGAAUGUGGUGUGUUUGCGUAUUUCUUGUGUGUCGGGUGAGAACGAGUGUAGAUGCCGGAUGCAGACGGUGCCGGCUGGAGAAAGCAUACCAAAAGCAGCAUGAAAAUAGCGCGCGAAGCACAUAACAAAGAGAAACAUAUUUAGCGUAGCGUAAGUACUGUAAUGACACCGUUCAAUAUACAAUUUAUUUUUGCCAGACGGAACCAAAACAGGAUGUAGAUAAACUACCAUAUAAAUAAUAUAGAACAAUUCAUAAUCGA